AAAGUCAGGAAAAAAGCAAAAAAACAAAGGAGGCAAAAGGAAAACAAAGCAUCACGUCCUCCACCAUGUCCUCCAAAUUCUUUUAUACUAUAUAGAAAAUACCAACAAUCCAAAAUUAAGAAAAAACAUAAAAACUUGACAAAUGCUAAUAUAUUUAAG